UCCUUCAAGUCCUUCAAGUCCAAAUGGUAGUGCUGAACGAAAACGUGCAAGAGAAGUUAGCCCCGAUCCAGCUUCGACUCCUCCAUCGGAAACCCCUCCCUUGCUAUCGCCUCCCAGAGCAGGAGACCAAGAAAAUAUCGAUUCUGAAGAUUAUGCUUUCUUGGAUGAGGAGGAAAUAAUUAAAGACGAUGCUUCCGAAGAAGACACGGAUCCUGAGGGUGAAAACCUAUUUGAUGGAGAUAUAAUGGAAAGAGAUUAUCAACCAAAUUCUCAGCUUGAUAACUAUGAUACAGAAGAUUUAGAUGAAGAUUACCAUGAACCUAUGUCCUUUGAGGCUCGCAGACGCACCGAGAUGGUUAUGGAUCAAUUAAGGGAUGCACAAGGAGAGCAAUUACAUGAGGAUGUGUUUACUAGACCAAGGAAUAGACGUCGUCGACGUGUUCAUAAUGAAUUUCAGGAAAUGGAAACCAGAUUAGUAGUGGAAGAGGAGCACAUGAACCUUGAAGGGAUAUCGAUUAUAAAGGCCUCGUCUAUAACUGAGUGGAUCAAGAUACCAACUGUAAGAAGUGGUAUUUAUCAUCAAUUCAGUAAUUUUUUAAGAACUUAUGUAGAGAAUGGGAAAUCUAUAUACGGACCUCGUAUUGAAGAACUCACAAAAGACCAACUUCAAAGUUUAAAAGUAGACUAUAAUCAUUUAAAAAAUAGCAAAGAAAUUUUGGCAUUCUUCCUCAAAGAAUCUCCCAGCGAGAUGCUCAAUAUUUUUGAUGAAUCUGCAUAUGACUUUAUUGUGGAAAUUCAUCGUGGAUAUAAAAAACUUGGUAAAGAAGUACGUGUGCGUAUAACUGACUUUCCUGUUAUUCACAAUAUCAGAGAGCUAAGACAAACACAUCUAAAUAGCUUAAUACGAGUGUCAGGUAUAAUUACAAGACGAACCGGAGUGUUUCCUCAGCUUAAAUACGUUAAAUAUAAUUGCGCAAAAUGUGGAGGCCUUCUUGGGCCAUACACUCAAGAUAUUCAGAAUGAAAUAAAAUUAAAUCAUUGUAUACAUUGUCAAUCCAAGGGUCCUUUCAUUUUAAAUACCGAACAGACUGUGUAUAGCGAUUAUCAAAAAAUUACGCUUCAAGAAAGUCCUGGUACAGUACCGGCAGGGCGUUUACCUCGGCAUCGUGAGGUUAUUUUGCUUGGCGAACUGAUUGACUCAGCAAAGCCUGGUGAAGAAAUUGAAGUUACUGGUGUUUAUCGAAAUAAUUUUGACGUAUCAUUAAAUAUGAAAAACGGAUUUCCAGUAUUUGCGACAGUCAUAGAAGCAAAUUAUAUUAGCAAGAAGAAAGAUUUAUUUGCCAGUUACCAAUUAACUGAAGAUGAUAAAAAAAUUAUCCAAGAACUAGCUGCAGAUGACAGAAUUAGCCAAAAAAUUUUCAAGAGCAUUGCACCUUCAAUAUUCGGUCACGAUGAUAUCAAGAGGGCAAUAGCUUUGUCAUUAUUUGGUGGUGUGCCGAAAAAUAUCCAAGAUAAACAUCGACUGCGUGGCGAUAUUAACAUUCUUAUGCUUGGCGAUCCCGGAACAGCUAAAUCUCAGUUUUUAAAGUACGUAGAAAAAACCGCUCAUCGAGCUGUUUUUACCACGGGUCAAGGAGCGUCUGCAGUUGGUCUUACUGCAUCUGUUAGAAAGGAUCCUAUUACAAGAGAAUGGACCUUGGAAGCAGGUGCUUUGGUUCUUGCUGAUAAGGGCGUUUGUUUAAUCGACGAAUUUGAUAAGAUGAAUGAUGCUGACAGAACAAGUAUCCAUGAAGCCAUGGAGCAACAAACUAUCUCCAUUUCUAAAGCUGGAAUAAAUGCUUCUCUCAACGCGAGAUGCGCUGUCAUCGCCGCUGCGAAUCCUAUAAGGGGUCGAUACAACACUUCUAUACCAUUUUCACAAAAUGUUGAUUUAACAGAGCCUAUUUUGUCUCGUUUCGACGUUCUUUGUGUUGUCAAAGAUACAGUUGAUCCUACCACAGAUGAAACACUUGCAAAUUUUGUGGUCGAUAGUCAUAUUCGUAGUCAUCCAAGUGAACAAAAUAACGUAGAUAAUUUAUCUCCACAAGACCCAAACACUAUUCCUCAGGACCUUUUGCGAAAAUAUAUUAUAUAUGCAAAACAAAUAACACCGCAGCUUACACAUCUUGAUGAAGCAAUGAUUUCAGAGUUAUACUCGAACCUAAGGAAAGAGGCUCAGACAGGUGGUAUUCCAAUAACGGUUCGUUAUCUAGAGUCAAUGCUGCGUUUAACUGAAGCACACGCGAGAAUGCACCUUCGGGAUCAAACCAAUUCAGAUGAUCUGAAAGUUGCAAUAGAUAUAGUGUUGCAAAGUUUCUUUUCCUCUCAAAAAUUCUCAAUCGCAAGCAAACUUAAGAAG